AUGUAUAGGCCAUCUGUCAUUCCAUUCGUGGCAGUGGCCUAUGCGGUCAGUGUACUGGCAGCGACUGUUACAUAUAACUGGGAGGUUACUUGGGUAUGGGCGGCCCCAGAUGGUUUUGGCCGGCCGGUUAUAGGCAUCAACAACACAUGGCCAUGUCCAAUUAUCGAAGCGUCGAUAGGUGAUACCGUCGUUGUUAACCUCCUGAAUAAGUUGGGCAACGAGACCACAGGUAUGCACUUUCAUGGCAUCAAUCAGAUAAAUUCCAAUGCCAUGGAUGGCUCUGUUGGGAGUAGCCAGUGCCCUCUACCCCCUAAUUACUCCAUCACAUAUAGCUUCACGGCUAAUCAGGCUGGUACUUACUGGUAUCACUCACAUAACAUGGGUCAAUAUCCGGACGGUUUCCGUGGGCCCCUGAUCAUUCAUAACCCAGAUGACCCAUAUAUCAACGACUAUGACGGGGAUAUGAUACUCACGGUUUCAGACUGGUAUCAUAAACAAUCUCAAGAGCUGGUUACGAAAAUGAUUCAGCCAAACAACACGAAAUUCGAGCCACCACGACCAGAAAGUGCCUUGGUGAACGAAGGAAGUGAUGGGCACAUCCCUAUCGAGCCGGGGAAGACUUAUCGCGUGCGCAUCCUAAACUUCUCUGCGAUGACUUCGGCAUUUAUACUAUUCAACGCGCUGCAGAUGCAAAUCAUCAUGAUCGAUGGGACAUAUGUGCGUAAGGAGGCGGCGAAUCAGCUGCAUGUUACGGCUGCUCAACGCUACGAUGUGCUCAUUAAGAUUGGCGACAGCGGCUUACAGAAUUACCCAUUCUUGGUUGCUUUGGAUACUAAUACCGACUUUACUGCAAAAGACGCUUCUCCACCCGUUGCCUACCACACCAAUUUCACAGGCCAAUUAAUCAAUGACCCUAAAGGAAAUCUGAAUGGGGAGUCGGUAGUACCAGAGUUCUUUCCUCAGGAUGAUUCGCUGUUAAUCCCCUUCGACGAACAGCCUGCAUUUGGCCCUGUAAAGAAGCAAUGGGUUUUGGAUUUUGACUACUGCAGGGAUUCUAACAACUAUCCCCGCGCAUGUUUUAAUAAUAAGACCUUCAUCGAUCAAAAGGUGCCCACGCUCUACUCCGUUGUGUCACUUGGAGCCAACAAUACCCAAGUUGCGGCAUACGGCCAGGUCGGUGCCUUCACAAUAGGAUAUAAUGAGGUGCUAGAAAUUGUCAUCAACAACCAUGACACGGCGAUUCACCCAUUCCAUCUACAUGGUCAUCAAUUCCAAAUCAUCGGGCGCCCUAAAAGUGAUGGGGGCGUUUGGAAAGGGAACAAGGUGGUUCCUGCAACACCCGCAAGGCGGGACACCGUAGCUGUGUUCGCUAACUCGCAUGUUGUCUUGCGCAUCAUCGCGAACAAUCCGGGUGUCUUUUUACUCCACUGUCACAUCGAGUGGCACGUUGAAAUGGGCCUUUCGGCGACUCUGAUCGAGGCUCCUGAGCGUCUGGUCCACUACGAAAUCCCACAAGAUCACAUCGACAUUUGUAAAGCUCAGAACAUACCUACGGAGGGUAAUGCCGCAGGAAAUGAAGCCUGGUUUAAUACAAAUGGAUUCGUUACCGUUAAUCCUACAUCGUAUAUAGGGUAA